UGCGCAGCUCUCUAUCUGCAAAUGGAGUUCUUUAAGAGGAUAAGAUCGUGGCAGCCGGCAUUCACGGCAUGCGCUGCUCUGCUCUGCGUCUGCUUCCGUCGCGCCGCCUCUCUCCGGCCACCGUCGUCGGCAUUCGUCGUCUCGCCAUCAGCCCCUUUCAGCACUCAAACAAGACGGACAAUGCCCCUUGGGAGUGGGGCGCGGCAGCAGAAUGUCAUGAUGACCUCAACGGUGAUGGAGCCGGCUGUGUCUACUGUGGAUGAGGAGAGCCCGAAGGCAUAUGCGGGGGAGCUGAAGCCUCUCACCAAUGCCUCGGCGACGGUUGUGUGCAUCGUCCCUGCUGCUGGCCGUCCCGGGCACAAGAGCCACUUCCUGACUAAGCCGUUUAAGGAACAGGUGGAGUGGCCGGAUGUGCUGCAGCACAUGGCAGAGCGGCUCACAUGGAGCAGCCCCAACUUCAAACUCAAGGUACACUGACCGGGGGGAUGGAUGAGCUUCGCCAUAACACACACACUGAGCUGACGCCUUGAACUGUGUCCAGAUUUUCACCGAGGAUGUUCUCUCGUCGCCCACUGCCCCGUCCAACCUUUCUGCCGCCCUGUCGAAUGCCAACAUCCUUCUCACGCUCAACGUGCACGACCGGCAGGCCCUCACCAACCUCAAAGCCAUCGUCACCAACACACAGAUGGGCUCGCGGACCAACGAGAGUGCCCCCUUUCUCCCCACCAUCCUCUCAUUCGGCCUAGGCGGCCGCAGCUCGCCCGUCGAGAGCCUGCAGAGGAUGGGCGGCACUCCUGUGGGCUCCUUCGUCCGAAAGGUGAGCGCGCGAGUGGCGCCAUGGUCGCGGGUGAGCCGUGCGUUGAAGACGAAGCGGGUGCUCGACAUUCUAUGGCAGCGGCGCAGUUCGGACGACCUGCUGUACUUUAUGGAGGUGCUGAUAGACAGCUAUGUGGCUGACAUUCCUCUGGUUAAGAGCCAGCUGGGGAUGAAGGAAAUGGGGAGUGGGGUGCUCAAGUGCAUGUGGACCAACUGCCAGGACCAGAUCAUCGAGUGCAUGAAGUCGCCGGCCUGCCGACAGGCGCUAUUCUGCCUCACCAACUGCCCACUCAACGACCAAGUAGACAGACAGACAGAGAGGGAGGACAGCUGGCCCAUUGCUCACGAGCAGACACACGAGUGUGGGUGUGUCUGUCGUGUCGUGUGUGGCUGUUCGUUCAGGUGUGCACCUACCGUUGCAUCGUGACGCACGAGAGCCCUGCCUUUGAGGCCUUCUCUCUGUGCAUCCUGCAGAAGCACAACUGCCUCAACAACUCGGCCCCCAUCCCCGUGUACCCCCGCCCCGAGCCCCUCCGUACCUUCAAAGGCAAACCCCUCACCUACGAGUCCGCAGAGGACAUCUACGUCGGGUGGCUUGGCCAAGAUCCCUGGAGCUGGAAGGUCGUCGCCGGCAAGAAUCCCGCUUAUGGUACGGUACGCACCUCACCCCCACCCCGCCCUGCCCCUCCCCACACACAUGCAUCUUCUUGCUCAUGGCGCGUUCCUCCCUCGCCAAACUGUCACAUGGACGGUGUGGUGUGUGGUGUGAUAUGUUUGUUAACACAGACUUCUUCCCCAAUCAGCACCAAAUCUUCUACAGGGGCAAGAGGUCCGCAUUCUGGUAUGACCCGGUCUUCCGCGUGACCACCUAUGACGGCCGCGUCGUGUGGCGGAGGCGGCACUAUCGCGUCAAGCGAGCCGCGGAGCCGGGCACCUUCUGGUUCUCUGUGCUGGACAAUGGGGUGACGUCCAAUGAGUACUGGACGAUCCUCGACUGUGCCGACGAUUUCUCCUGGGCGAUCUUCCACUACUCGGGGGCGGCGUCUGUGGCUGGCCAGCAGUACCGUGGUGCUUUGGUGGUGAGCCGGGAUGGGGCGUGGCCCAAGAUCGACGGCAUGGAGACCCGCAGGAGGAUUGAGGCGGCACUCGAUAAGGCCGGCGUCAAGACAUGGGUAGGUAACACAGACACACCAAGCCAGCAGCACUGAUGGAUGGAUCCAUUGCUCUGCUCUCUGUGUUUGUGUGUGCAGGAGUUGUAUGAGGUGGUCAAUGAUGGUUCUGAGGGUGCACCCUUGGGGCUGCCGGACAGCGGGGCGCCGAUGGCUGAGCAGUACCAAGAGGUCAGGCCGCCACAGCAGCCGGUGCAAGCUGCAGUGGCAUGAGUGGGGAUGUGAGUGUGUGUGUGAGUGUGAGUGUGUGUGAGAGAGGGGUGCGUCAGUAGGCAGUUGUCAUGACGAGAUGUGACGUGACAUGACGUCGUGUAGUCAGUGAGGUCCAGCCAGGGGCGGUCAGUGUGUAUUUCUUGGGUAUAUAGGCAGAGAGACACGUUCACUGAGCGGUCGAUUUCUGGUGUGAGAAGCGAGCGACAAGUGUACGUUUCUGUGUCAAGGGUUGGUUGUUGUGUUGAUGCUUGUUGCCGUGGGGAACUGGUGCACAUCUGUCUGUCUGUCUGGGGAACUGGUGCACAUCUGUCUGUCUGUCUGUCUGUCUGUACAAUGAUUAGGCAGACACACAUGACACGAACAUGCAAUGGAAUGCAAUGCAGGUC